UGAUAUCUCCUGGUGGAUUUUCGCACGUAUGCACAGAAUUCCGUGAGAGUGGGCCUAGACCGUGAGUGUUGGCAAAAGUUAUUGGUGUUGAACCUUCUUCUUCUUCGAUAUUUUUUUUUCUCCAAAGGAAAAUUUCCAUAAAAACUCAUUAAAGAAAAAUGAUGCGUCAAUUUGUGCGGGGAAUGGCGGAAUUUCGCCCUGUGAGCCAUCGCAAAGCCUUCGGAUUCUCAUGGCAGGGAAUGAAACACCAUAAAGCGGUCGUGCCCCUCGUCGUUCUGAUUAGUUGCACAGUGGUUGGGAUGAUUGGCUUCAUCGUGUACUGCUCCCAAACACGAGACAACCUGGUUUUCCGUAAGACAUCCAAACCCCACUGGCAGACGAUGGAUCUGGAGAAUCCUCGAGCAUUGAAGAUACGUGUCGUCAAUCAAGAGUACGCAGCCAUGAAUGAACUCUCAUCCGUCUACAGGGAUAUGUACUCGGGCAAGGAAGAGCAGAAGACGGACGAGGUUACGGCCGACCAGUAGAAGAAUCAUUGGGGAAAAAAUGUGAGAAUACCAGAAGAGUGACAGCUUGAGAAAAAAUUCAGUGUAGGCUGUCAAUUUAGUAAAAUUUCACCAUAGAGCUUAUCAUUUCUGAUAAAAUAAUAAAAAUAUUUUCUUCACACGAAAA